UUCCGUAGUAUUUUUUCUGUUAAUCCGGAAGUAGAUCCAGCUGCCCGGCGACGAAAAAAUGGCGGAGUCAAAGGAGGAGGUUGACGUCUUGGUCCAAAGAGUUGUCAAAGACAUCAGUAUCGCAUUCAAAAGACACCCCAACAUAGACGAGAUCGGCCUAAUCCAGUGUCCAGAGGCCCGCUACAACCGCAGUCCCAUUGUGCUGGUGGAGAACAAGCUUGGUGUUGAGAGCUGGUGUGUCAAGUUUCUGUUACCUUAUGUCCACAACAAGCUGCUCCUCUACCGCCAGAGAAAGCACUGGCUAGACAGAGAAGGUAUUUAUUUUGAAUAAUAUGACUUAUUAUGAUCUUUGCGUCUAACACGCCGACUGAAGAGAACUGAUUCAGAGUGGUGUCAUCAAAUUCAUACUAAGAGUGCUGGCCAGAGUUCAUGAUUGUCGUUAUGUGUGGAGAAAGGACCAAGGGUGCUGAUGCUUUACAAUAUUCACAAAUAUUGUAAAAGCUUCACAAAUCAAAAACAUGGUUCUAAAUAUUCUGCUACCAGAGCAGAAUAAUCCAGUCCAGGUUUAAAGUGUCUAGGUGUUGUAGUUUUUAAGCUAGAGUUCAUUAAAGAUGCGGAAGGUAGUGAAAAUUUAGUUGGAAUCGCCUUUUAGGCAUUUCCCGAAUCGGAAGCUGGAAUCAGAAACCAACUUCAUCUGCGUAAAUUAAACUUGGUCUGAUUAUUAAAGUACAGCCACGAACAGCAGAACAAUUACCCGAGCUCCGCAAGGCCGGACACUUUCCAGUGGUA